AUGAACAAACUAAUUUUCUCAAUCAUUUUCUGUGCUCUCCUAGCAUGUAUCGUCAUUUCCAAGGAAACCGAACUAAACAAGAGAGGAAUCAGUGUGGCAGGUGGUACUGACAUUGAUUAUGACAAUCAAUUUCCUCAUUUAGUUUCUUUACAAUAUUCCAGAGAUGGAGUCAAGUAUCAACACUUCUGUGGAGGUAGUGUUAUUGCUUCAAGAUGGAUUCUCACUGCUGCUCACUGUCUUUCAGUUGAUGGAAUGGAUGUGUCAAAGGUUAGAGUUUUGGCAGGUGUCGCCAAUCAAGAUAUCGAUUGUUCCAAUCCUUCCUCAAAGUGUGUCAUUAGCAAAGUAGCUAGAAAGAUCGUCCAUCCAAACUACAAUUCUCAAUACAUCAGAAAUGACAUUGCCAUGCUCGAAUUGACAAGUGACUUACCACUCGGCACUGCUUCCCAAAACAGAGUUCAAAGAAUUGGCAUUGAAGGUGGUCAAAUCCCAUUCAAAACACUCGUAACACUCACUGGAUGGGGUAGAACUUCAGAUUCUUCCAAUGAUUUACCUUCAAAAGCUCAAAAAGCUUACAUGCCACUUCAACAGUCAUCUGUCUGUAAUCAACAAGGAUUGGGAAUGGAAUCUCCAUAUCAAUUAUGUGUAGGUGAAGGAAAUAGAAUCAAUAGUUGUCAAGGAGAUAGUGGUGGCCCUCUCCACUGGAUUCGUCAAAGUGGCAACUCUUAUACGAUGGGUUUAAUUGGCCUCGUUUCGUAUGGACCUCAAGGAUGUGGAAGACAAGGAGCUUUUGGUGUUUAUACAAAUACUACUUAUUGGAUUAAUUAUGUGAAGAAUUAUGUUCCUGAUUUGCAAGUUGUGUACAUGAAUUCGAAUACAAAUCCAACUAAUCCGACUAAUCCAACAAAUCCAGGAAGUUGCAAUUGUCCUACUCAACAACAAUCUGUGCAACAGGAUGGUAUUGAAAUGCCAAGAGUUAUUAAAAUUGAAGAAACUCAUUAG